ACCGGAUAUAUACUCGCGUAGAACAGGCAAACUUUGCUCUUCUUUGGUGAGCUUUGUUGAAUUUAUCGCUCUUUCUCUUUCUUUUUUAAUUUAAAAAGCUUUGAAUUUCCAUUCGUCAUCUCGUUGUGUUUUCCUUCACUUUUUGUUUUUUUUAUUUUUUCACCUUCUCAACAUCUUUUUUGUUAAAAAUAUAUAAUAAUACUUUGACGCGCUUGAGCCAAUAAAUUCUCACCCAAUGCAUGCCUCUAGCAAUUCGGGUCACACUGGUGACUUGGAUAGCGCAAUCAGCAAGGUUCGCGAAAAGCUGGACAAGGAGAGAAAUAUGCUCGAAAAGACGCGCCAGAUAGCCACGCAGGUUAGCAACCCCAAUGCAAAGGCUGACGCUCACGCGAUGAUUGCUGAGGCUGAGCAGCGUGUCACCUAUCUCGAGGCAGAGUUCCGCCGGUUGUCGCAAAAGAAGGAUGACCGCAAUAGCAUAAAGUCAGGCGGUAACGGAAGCGUUCUUGACAACGGCUCUCCCACCAGCAUGACGGCCUCUGAGAGGAGCGGCGGGCGCCCGCACUCGCAGUCGUUCUCCAAGUUAGACCUGCGGAAAACGUCAUCCCACCUGUCAGUGCACAAGAUCUCGCUCAAAGUGCACGAGGUUGCCUACAAGCUUGAGGUUGAGCGCAAGAUUCGCGACAACGCCAACCGCAUCCGCCGCUUGUACAGCAACGACUACCGCCAGGGCAGCAAGGACAAGAUAGCACAGAUCACAGACUCUGACCGCAUUCUUCACGAAACCAACGAUCGCAUCCGGCUGCUCGAGUACUCUCUCAAGAUGUACCAGUCCUUGUACGUGGACUACGCCGACGAUGAUGACGAGACCGUCAACGAGGACGAGUACUCUGGGGGGCUCUACCAGCCGGCCAUGCGGCGGCCGAUCACUGGAAAGCUGCAGCUUCGUAUCCAUCGUGCAAAGAAUUUGCGCCGCGCGCCUAUUCAUACCAGGUCGUUCCGCAGCCCGCAACAGUUCGUUGUGGUCAAGAUUGACGGUCGGGCCUGUGGCACGACGCCAAUAGUCAGGGACUCAGUGUUCAAUUACUAUUUUGAGAUCGAGGUCAAGAAGGCGUCUGAGGUUGAGCUGUCUAUUUUUGAGCGCGGCGACAAGGACUACCUGAUUGGCCUGAUGUGGAUCCGGCUGUCUGAGAUCUACGAGGACAUCCGCAAGAAGGAGAUCAUGGCCGAGUCGUCCAGCGGCUGGGCCACAGCCGACCAGAUGGCCAGGAGCACGCAGCCCCAGCAGCCGCCCCACUUCAACAGCCCCAGCCCUAGCAUGGCCUCUCUAGGCCACACGAACCACCCGGGCUCCAUGUCGCCCGCUGUCCCGCGCCUCUCCGACGCCAUGGGACCCGGUGUGCUCAGCGAGUGGGACGUCGAGUCGCAGGGCCAGAUCGAGCUCUGGAUGAACUUUGUCAAGGACACGACCAAACGCCGCCAACAAUCGCGUCUCGGCCGCAAAGCCGCCGUGCGCAAGCGCCGUGGGCCUUGUACCGAGAUGUGCGGCCAUCAUUUUUACCCUCUGCAUACGUACUCGAUCAUGAAGUGCGCACUGUGUAACGACCACAUUGUCAACGAGGUCGGGCAACAAUGCGAUGACUGCCAGCUGUUUGUGCAUCAGAAAUGCGUUGGCCGCGUGGUUGCCCACUGUCACUACGACACAAACAACACGGAGGAGGUUGUUGAGCUUGGACAUCGCAUUCCGCAUCGCUGGGAGAUGUCCACCAAUAUUGGCGCCAACUGGUGCUGCCACUGCGGUACCAUGCUGCCCAUUGGACGUCGGGCGUGCAAAUGCACGGAGUGCGAGAUGACUUGCCACCAGGGGUGCAAGAAGUACGUGCCUAAUUUGUGCGGUCUCGAUAUGGUCAAGGCCAGUGCCAUGAUUUCGGAGAUUAAGCGCGCAAAGGGAGCCGCUGUGCCCCAACCAAAGGUCCUGAACAAGCGCGAUACGAUGGCCAAGAAGCCCGGCCAGUCUGGUUCUCUGCUGGCACCGUCGGCUGACGACCAGGUGGCUGCCAUCCAGAACCGCCUCGAGCAGAUGCCAAUGCCCUCGGCAGCAGCAGCGACGGUGGCCGGAUACCAGCAGCAGUACCAACAGUCGCCUUCGCCUAUUCCCUCGAGGCUGAGCCAGGGCGGCGCUUCCAGCCACCAGCGCAAUAACUCUAACGAGUUUGUACCAAUCAAGUCGGCCCCGCCGCCCCAGCAGCAGCCUCAGCAGAGACCCUUGUCUGCGGGCCAGCCGGCUGACCAUCGUCUGAGCCAGGUCGGCACUGGGUAUGCGCCGGUUAACGUGCAGCCGCCCAGCUACUACCAGCAGCAGAUUCAGCAGGCAAAGUCGCACUACGUCCAGCAGCAACACCCCCCACAGCAGCAGCAGCCGCAUGGGUACGCUCCCCCCAGGCAGCAGAACGCCGGGUAUCCUCACAACAGCCACCAGCAGCAGCCGCCGCAACAGCAAUAUCAGCAGCUCCGUGUGGACAGCAUCCCGCAGCUCCGUGUGGACAGCAUCUCACAGCAAAUGUCGCCCCAGCAGCAACAGCAACAGCUCUACCAGCAACAGCAACAACAGCAGCAGCAGGGCCGCAUGUCUAUGUACGGCACCGCUGCCAGUGCUGGUGCUGCUCCUCCUGUUUCAGGCCGUCCCAAUUCAAUGCUGCCAGGCGUGAGCUCCGAGAUGAAGCAGCAGAUCUACCAGGCCAUGCAGCAGCCGACAGAGGCACCCCUCGGUUCCAUUGCUCUCACAUCCAACCAGCCGCCUCGCAAGGUCGGCAUCAACGACUUCAAGUUCAUCAAGGUUCUGGGCAAAGGAAACUUUGGUAAGGUCAUGCUGUCUGAGGAGAAGAGCACCUCCAAGCUGUACGCCAUCAAGGUCCUCAAGAAGGAGUUUAUCGUUGAAAACGACGAAUUCGAGAGUACUCGCUCUGAGAAGCGUGUACUCCUGAUUGCCAACAAGGAAAGACAUCCGUUCCUGAUCGGUCUGCAUUCGUGCUUGCAGACAAGCAACCACAUUUUCUUCGUCAUGGAGUACAUCUCUGGUGGUGACCUGAUGAUGCACGUGCAGAAGCUGGGCACUUUCGGCGAACGCCGGGCCAAGUUCUUUGCUUGCGAGAUCCUCCUCGGCCUCGCAUACUUCCACAAGGCCGGCAUCAUCUACCGCGAUCUCAAGCUCGACAACAUUCUUCUUGACAAGGAAGGCCACGUCAAGAUUGCUGACUACGGCCUGUGCAAGGAAAACAUGGGAUAUGGGCAGACGACCAUCACGUUCUGUGGCACGCCUGAGUUCAUGGCUCCCGAGAUCGUGCUCGAGCAGCGGUAUGGGCGUGCUGUCGACUGGUGGGCCUUUGGCGUCCUGAUCUACGAGAUGAUCCUUGGCACAUCGCCAUUCCACGGCGAGGACGAGAACGAAAUAUUCGAGUCCAUCCUCGAGGACGAAAUCCUCUACCCCGUGCGCAUGUCCCGCGACUCCGUGUUCAUUUGCCAGGCGCUGCUCGAGAAGGAUCCUUCCAAGCGCCUUGGGUCGAGCCCUAAUGACGCAGAGGAUAUCAUGAGGCACUCGUUCUUUGCUGGUGUCAACUGGGACGACGUACUCAACAAGAAGAUCCCCCCUCCAUAUGUGCCCGAUAUCCGCGGUCGCCUGGAUGUGUCCAACUUUGACCCAGAGUUUACAAACGAGAAGCCCGGUCUGACACCAACCAACACUAUUAUCGACACGCACGACCAGAAAGAGUUUUUGGACUUUGACUACGUCUCUCCAUGGGCCGGCAUUGCCGAAAAGUGGACGCGCUAGAUAAAGAAAAAGAAAUAACGAUUCAUUUUUUUUGGCCGAGCCUUUAAAACAACUAUACUACUGCCAUCAUUCUUUAAUUUUCAUAUCAUAAUACAUUCCUAAUACCCUCAUAACAAUAAAUGUGCUUAAUAUUUCUAUUUUUCAAAAAUAAAAUAAAAUAAGGCAUCUCAGCUAGUUUGCUGGUGCAAAGUGGGUUGGGUUGCAUGAUCCGUUUUUGGGGCACACAACCUCGCAGGUGAGAAUCUUUGGGCAUGGCUUGGUCGCGCACGGCUUUUUUUGCUUCCUGCAUUCUUCCAGAACUGCUUUAUUAUUGCAAUUCCACAGGCAUAUCGCUACAUUCACUAUUACCUCCAUGCAAAACCGACCAGAGGGACAUACCUUCGAAAGUUCAGCAUCGUAGCACUGGCCAAGCUCCGAGCAAAUAUUAUUAUUAGCAUCAACGGCAUUUUUGGCGUCAUUGUUAGCCGUGUCCCCAGAGUUGGCAACAUA